GGCUCUUUUGGCUCCAACAGUGAUUGUUCCAACAAGGCAAUCUUGGCGAUCUUCAAGGACUUGCUGGAACUGGUUUAGUCCUGCUACUUAAGUUCAGUCUAUUCAGGCCUUGGACUCCUUUCAAUCAAUCAUCAAUGAUCAUUGAUUGCUCAAGGAGAAGAUUGGCCUUGCAGUGGACGAGGUAUGUAACAGUACCUUGCGUCAAAAGUACGUAUGCCUUCUUUACCCGGGGUGCAUGGAUAAUCUACCAAGUACUGGACUGGACUUCCACCGCAUAAAAGCUGGAGAGUUGACUUCGGGAUUCUGGGGUUGGGCUUGGGUUUGGGACGGUUUCAUCAUCAUCACCCAGUCGUUGAAGUUCUUUCUUAUCGUUGACUUUCUCGUUGGAGAUUUGCCGGACGUCAUACCGCGGUCCAUCCGGUCAACCGCCCCACGUGUUGCUGGGACUGGGGACUUUUUUUUUCUCUCUGGCUCAGUCUAUUCUUUCUACUUAACUGCAUCACUGCUGCUUCCGCUGCUUCUCAUCACGCCAUCCCCUCCCUCCUUUUUCAAGGCUGAGAGGCAGCUAAAAUCUCGACUGGACUCCACCGGAUCAGUCCACGCACUUUGCAGAGAUAGGGUGAAAGCAGCCCUGUAGUGUACGGAAUACAGUACACAAUCCUCUUUGUUACCUGUUAGAUAGUCGUCAGCCUUUAGCCGUCUUUCACUUACCUUAUCUUCAUCUCCAUCUCAGCUUAUAUCAACUGCCAUCU